AUGGUGCGCUCGCCCUCCACCCCCGGGGAAGGCUCCCUGCUGGCAGGGCCCCCGCCGCCUCUGCCCUGGCACCCGCCUCUGCCUCCCCAAAACACCCUCGCCAUCACCCUCUGCUCCCCCCACAGACCCUCUGGGGGCUUCAGCUCCUGCAUCAGCUGUGUGGCCCAGGCCUGGGCAAGCGCUCCCCUCCUGCCCCUCCUCUCCUCUCCUCAGGGCAAGUACAGCAAGCGCAAGAGCCGCUUCAAGCGCUCGGAUGGCAGCACCUCGUCCGACACCACCUCCAACAGCUUCGUCCGGCAGGGUUCGGCAGAGUCCUACACCAGCCGCCCCUCGGACUCGGAUGUGUCGCUGGAGGAGGACCGGGAGGCAUUGCGCAAGGAGGCCGAGCGCCAGGCCAUGGCGCAGCUGGAGAAAGCCAAGCAUGCCUCAGCUGUGGGCCCAGGGCAAUUAGCUAAUGAGCUCCUUGUUAGUUCGCUGGUGAAAGAGGGCUGCGAGGUGGGCUUCAUCCCCAGCCCCGUCAAGCUGGAGAACAUGCGGCUGCUGCAGGAGCAGAAGAUGAGGCAGAACCGCCUGAGCUCGAGCAAAUCAGGAGACAACUCCACCGAGGUCCAGAGCGAGACCGAGCCCGCUGGGGCUGGGGUGACGUUGGAGCAGCCAAGUCCCACCGAGGUCCAGAGCGAGACCGAGCGCAUCUUCGAGCUGGCCCGGACGCUGCAGCUGGUGGCCUUGGACGCUGACACCAUCAACCACCCGGCCCAGCUGGCCAAGACAUCCCUGGCCCCCAUCAUUGUCUACAUCAAAAUCACCUCCCCCAAG